AUGAGUUGGGAGGAGAAGUUGGAGUUGGCAAAGAGCACUGAACGGAUUGUUGGUCGCAACCUUGCCAUCGAGAAGCCGUACUUAAGACUCACCAACGCUCCAGACCCUGCGACUGUUCGCCCAGAGCACGUGCUGCACAAAACGCUGGCAUUUUUGUUAGACGUUGCAGCAGCUGGAGAAGACAAGUCUGGGGGGAGCUGCAGCAAGGGCUGGGUAUACCUGGACGAGCAGUUUCGGAGUCUGCGGCAGGAUCUGACAGUGCAGCACAUCUGCAACUCCUUUACUCGCGAAGUUUACGAGCAGAACGCGCGCCUUGCUCUGCGCCAUAGAGAUCUUGGACAGUUUAAUCAAUGUCAAGCACAACUUCGCCACCUCUACGUGUGCUUGAGAGUGCCCCUUGACGAUCCUCAGAGGCUUGAGUUCCUCUGCUACCGCCUCGUGUAUAUGGCCCUGCAAGGCAUGCGUCUCGACCUCCUCAGGCUCUAUAGAGAGAUGGCUGUCCAAGAACGGCAAUCACCACAGGUGCAGCAGUGCCGCCUGUUGGGGGCAAGUUUACUGCAUGGGAACUGGCGACGCUUCUUUAGGAUGUUAGGCGAAGCUCCUUUCUGCGUCGAAGACCUGUGCGAGCUGUUCAGACCUAAAGUGCAGAUGCAGGCACUUGUUGCACUCUGCAGAGUAUCCCCCACAGCGACAGUGGCUUCUCUCCAACGCACGUUGAUGUUUCCCUCCGCACGUGACUGCCUCGAUUUUUUAGAGGAACAGAAGGCAGUUUUUCAACCUCGACACUCACGCCACCAGCAGCAAUCUGCAGCAGAGAGGCUCGGUGCGCUCGUCUUGGACUGCAAGGCAUCGCUCCCCAACUUCGAGGCUUCGCCUCUCCUAAAGAAGAAAGUGCAUGCCAUGGGAUAG